AUGGGAAUGGAAGCGGCUCUGAACUUUUUCAACACUCAUAACGACAUCCUCAAAAUCCGAGAGGAGUACACCUUUCUCGACUCUCUGACUUCCAACAAAUCAACUGAAGCAUUUGAUGCUAACAAACAGAGAAAUCGUGAUGGGUCCCCAAAAAUCUACGACGACAAUCGUGUGAAGCUGAACCGCCCAGGACAUGACGAUGUCAAUUACAUUAAUGCCAGCCAUAUCCAUAUGAAAUCGUUCAAACACAAAUUGAUUGUCGCUCAACUACCGCAAUUUGAGAAUGAGAGUUUUGUGGAAGAUUUCUGGCAUAUGAUCUACCAAGAACAGAUCACUCUUGUUUAUUUAAUGGUUCCUGAGAAGGCGUUGAAAAAUACUCCGACCUCGUUAUUUAAAGAAGACUACGGUACAUAUGAAUACGUUGGAAAAAUGUUCAUCAACAAUCGGAGAGCCGACGUGGCAGGAGAUCCAAAAGAGUACACAAUCGAGGUUCUUCUUGAAGGAAAUUCAGAUUCUGUUAUGUGUCAAGUACACCAUCUCUCUGGCAACACUCUCAACAACCGUCCAAAACUCAUCCAAAACGCAAACGUCUGUGUGGUUAGUGUUUUUGGUUGUGGCCGUGCGUGUACUUUUAUCGGAGCUCUCUACGCCAUCAGUCAGCUUAACAGCGGAAUGGAACCAAAUAUUUGCGAAAUAAUGGCAGACAUCAAGCAGCAACGUCCAAGUGCCAUUGAAUCCUUCACCCAAUAUGCUGGAAUCUAUGCAAUUGUUCUCGAUUACAUUUCUCGCAAAAGAGGAAGUAAGAGAGAUCCAAUUAACAAGGACAUCAAUCGUUUCAUCGAUGAGCUCACUGAACUUUCGCCGGCUGUUUCUCCGACAAAAGAGAAACCAUUGCAUUGA